ACCGACUCCGCGGAGAAGUGGUGUCUGCAACCCCGAAUGAUUAAUUCAACAAGGGUUUAAUCAGGCACAUACAUUUACUAGAAAAGGAUUAACACAUGCUCCAAGCCUCCUAUUUUCAACCAAUAAAUCUGAAAUCAUUUGAAAUCUAAAAUCCAUUGGGUAUUGAAGAAUUCUACCGCGCUGGUCGACGGGUUUCAGCACACCAAAUGGAUUGGCUCGGGGGUUUAUCUUCUAUUAAAGGUCAAAUAACUAAUAUCACAAAAGAUCUGCUGGCAGAAGGGACCCGUGAAAUAAACGAUCCUGCGAAUGAGUUAUCUGUUGCACGUUCACGCAUAAGUGAAUUGGAAUCUAUUAUUGAAACCCAAAAGACGGAGAUAACCUGCCUUCGAUCAAAAAAUGAAGAUCUUUUGGUCCAGUUGGAGUCUUCACAGCUUAUGCUGGAUCACACUAAGGAAGUAUUUGUUCAGCAGCUGCGGGAAAAGGAUGCUAUCAUUGCCAAGUUACGAUCCGAAGUAUCGAAUGAGCGUGGAGAACCUGAGGGUCAACCAGAGGCUUCAGUCAGUAGUGCCAGUAGUCACAUUGACGCUGAUGCACCAAAUUCUGGACGGCGGCAGUAUCCUGAUCUUGUAAGUGAAGAACACUCAUCUCCGUCAGUUAAAUCACACUCCGAUGGUACAGCUACAUGGGAAGACUUAAAAAAUGAAGUUGUUCAGCUUCGUGCUGAACUAGCGAAAUGGAAAAAACUUGCAAAGAAGAAAGAAAGAAAUAUGACUAGUACUCCUUCACAUCAGGUGUUAAAUAUCGAAUUGGAGAAACAAAUCGAGCAAUUAAAGAAACAACUAAGUGAGUCAGAAGAAAACCGGAGGACAGAAUUAGCUGCUGUUCAAGAAACUCAUUCAGAUCAUUUGUCAAACUUAAUGGAACAAUUAAAGGAAACUGAAGCAGAAGUGUUUAAACUUCAAAGUCAAGUUGAAGCCUAUGAAAGUUGUCAGACCAGCGAUAGAUGCCGAGAUGAUAAUAAUACGUUUGAAAACAUCAACAUUCAAAAGAUCGAUCAAUCAGUUUCCACUGAAAUUGUUGAUCUUCUGGAUCAAGAUGUCUGCGAAAGUCUUAAAAAAACACAUCCAGGUAAAAAGAAGAAAAAGAAGUCGCCUUCCCCGGUAGAAUCGAGUGAUCCGGUGCAAAUUUGCAAACCAGUUUGUUGUGAAGUCUCUUUGCAAACUGAAUGUAACCAGCUGAAGAAUUCAUCUACACAAGCUAAUGAGCAAGUUGAAACCAAAGACGCAUUUACUGAUGAAGUUCCAAACCGGUCAGGUUGUUCAGCAUUUGUUCAAACUGAAUCGUUUAUUGAAUUUAUGACUACAGAAGUACAAACUGAGUCAGAGUAUGAAACAACAGCUGCUCAGAUCUCAUCACUUACCGUUGAAACACAACUCCCUUCAUCGGAUAACAAUACAAAUUCUUAUCUUCCAAAUGAUGUUUUAAAUUCUGCUAUCACCACCACCACAACAACAACAAGUUAUGAUAUACCCAGUGAAAGUGAACUACUCCACAGUGGUGGACAACUGCCUCAGAAACAAUCAUCUAUCAUUUCAGAAGAUUUUAACAAAUCGAUUGAAUUGAGCGAAUUAAUCAGUCAAUUAGCAGAUGAAAUGAAUAUUUAUGAUCAAGCAAUACUCGAUGUUGUCAAUCGUCAUAAAACUGAAUCUCCGUCGUUGUUAUCCUCUGAUACAGCCCCCCUAUCACAACCGAUAAUAUUUUCACACUCUGAUUUCGAUAGUAUCGGAGAUAUACUUGAAAAAUUAAGACUUUUUAAAGGAACUAUCAAAUCCCGUCAUGAAUAUAUCACUAAAAGUUGUGUAUCUAAGCAUUCAUCUUGCCCACGCACUUUAGAAAGUCUUAAUGAGACUAAUAAUAUGAGUCUGUCAGUACCAGUUUCAACGGCGGGUAUUUCCGGCGAAAUAAGUGAUACUACAGAAGUUGAACUAGAUGCUUGGCAAGAUGAUGAUUUCCCUGAACUAAAUACAAAUACUUCAGGCGAAACUAAGUGUCAAAGUGAACUUCCUACUGAUUCAACACAACCAGAUGGAGGUGAUAAACUUCAGGAUGAGCUUUCAUCUUCUCCAAGUAAAUUGAAGGAGAAAAUUCAACAACUAGAAAAGAUGCUAACAAAAGACAAUGUGUCUAAUGCACAUCGUAUAGCUGAACUAGAAAAUCAAUUAGAACCGUUUAAUCGUUUACAAAAAACCCUGAACAAGAGUAUUUCACACUUGUUAUCACUUCCACCACCACCUACACUGCCUAGUCACUUACUUGAUCGAAAAACGUCUUGUUCUUGGCCACCUGCAACUGUUGAAGACCAACUGGCAUUGUUAACUGCUUCUGAGGUAUCUGCACGCAAUGAAAUUAUUCGUCUUAAUAAUUCACUUUUAUCAUUACAAGAGAAAUGUAGACAGUUGGAGUUGGAUAAUCAACAGUUGUGUAGUCAAAUAAAUAAACAUGAUGAAAAUGAAAAGUCUUCUGCUGCUGCUCCCGCCGCCGCUUGUAUUGAUGAGCAACAAAUUUCAGAUGAUUUUGUUGAAUUAAGCUCUCUGGCUUAUCAGUUAUGUGUAUCUCUUGAUCCAGAAGUAGGCGAGAAAGAAUGGAAUCCAGACGAUUGGGAAAUUGAAUUGUUUACUUUACUCAAAGAUCGUUUAGAUUCUGAAGUCACUGAAACAGGUGAUCAAUCUGAUAGUGUUGUUAAAUUGUCUGCCGAGGUUGCAGCUCUUCGAGAUAUUCUAGCACAGCAUACAAACUUUAGAACACAAGCAGAACGUGAUUUAAAGCAUCUACUGUCUACAAUUCAAAAUCAACACGAUAUAAUUGAUACAUUAUCAAAAGAAAAACAACAGUUGGAAAGUGCUUUAUCAAAUAUGGAGGCAAAAUUGUCAACGUCAACUGUUGUUUCUGUUACUGCCACAACUACACGUCCUACUUCUCCUGUGGCUGUUGUCUCUACUGAAAACUAUUAUAGUCCUCUUGAAGUUGUUCGGAUUGAUGCACAAACACAAACUACUUUACCAUUUGAUGACAACUUAUCUACAAGUGUGAAUAAAUCUGAGGAAGGCUAUGAAGUUUAUUGUAAGGAGAUUAUUGAAUGUAUCUGUUCUAUGUACAAUGAGUUUAUUCACGUUACUUCAGAGGACUCUCAGUCUUGCGUUGCAUUACCAGAAUCCUGUCAACUGACAAAUAGAAAAGUUUUCAGUCUGCUUGAAAAACUCAAUUCAAAGUUGACUGAGUUUAAAGCGAAUUCAGAUAGUUUUCAAUCAGUGUAUAACUCUAUAGUGAAUAGUUUACAACAGAAACAUGCAGAAAGUCAGUUAUACCAUGAAAAAUUACAACAUUGUUUAACUGAGUUAAAUGAAGCAAAUAAACGUCGUGAAGAAACAGAAAUUCUUGUAGAAAGUUUACGUGAACAACUAACUGUCAAACAGGUGGAAACUGAGUCUAUUGUGAAACAAUCUAUUGCAAUGAGUGAAUCAUCACCAGCAACUCAUAAAUGUGUAGAAGGAUUACAUGAAAUGCAUUUCGAUGGACAGACUGCAAAUGAAGAAAGAUUACUUGCUGAAAUUGAACGUUUACAGGCUCAUUUAGUUGAGAUAGAAGAAUCUUAUACAACUGAAGCAGUUAAUGCAGAAAAUCGUGAAGUUGAACUUCGUGGACGAUUAGCAGAAGCUGAAAAAUCUCUUACCAGUUUGACUGAUUCUUGUAAAACAGCAAAUGAACGCGUAUCAACAGCUUAUUCAGAACGUGAUGAAGCAUUGAAACACUUGGAAGCUAGUCGUCGUGAAGUUCUUGAUUUGAAAGAAAGUUUAUCAACACUUCAAAAUGUACUGGAUAAUUUCCAACGAAAUCAAGAGGCAGCACUUGCAGCUGAAACAGAACAUCUUCGAUCAGAGCUUACGCGGACUGUUCAAAAAGAAAUGACAGUUAGACAAGAAAUGGAAGAACUUCAUAAAACACUUCUUAGUUAUCAAGAUUUAACUAAAGAUUUACAACAAAUGAAAAGUACUAAUCAACAAUUACGUGAACAAACUAUACGUCUUGAAACAAAAGUGAAAAAGCGUGAUGCAGAAGUUGAUGGACUUCGUGAACGUCUCACGAAAAUGGCUGUAGACACAGAUGCACGAAUUGACAAGAUUCUAAUUAAAAACUUAUUACUUAGCUACUUACAACUACCAGCAAAUCAACGUUCCAACGCGAUACGAGUGAUUGGUAAUUUGGUAGGAUUUUCUGAAGAGGAUUAUACUAAGAUUGCCAAUGAAUCUGGGACCCUGCCGAAAUUGAUGGGAUGGGUUCGGACGGCUGUUUCAAAUAUACCUAGUGGACCUCCGAAAGAUGUUCUACUCUCUUCUGAAAAUCCUAAUAAGAGUUUCACAGAACUUCUACUAGCAUUUUUGGAAGAGGAAUCGUCUCCACGAUCUCCGAUUAAAUUACCCAUGGAUUAUUAUACCCCUGAAAUGGUUCAUCCAACUACCAAUGUUAGACGACAGGUGAACAUCACCUCUCAAGGUGGUGAUCAACAACAUCCCGUGAAUAAAACUGUGAUUACUUCUGCCUCUUUGACAGAUCCACCGAAACCCAAUUAUACUUCAAAUGAUAAACCGGUAUUCUUUAUGCCUCAACAAUGA